AUGCCUCAGAAACGACGCGCCAUAUGGAGCAGUGCAUCCGAAGACAGUAGCGACUUCGACUCUUCUCUCUCUGGAAAUGAGUCCUCACAUUCAUCUCCAACUCCGAUCAUCAAAAGUAAGGCGCAAAAGGCUUCUGAUAAAGGCAAACAGCCUCAGAAAAAAUCGUUGAAAAAACCAAAUAGGAGUCGUGAUAGCAAGAGGGACCAAUGCCUGCACGUUGCAUGUUGGAUUCCACGUGCAAUCGACAUGUAUGUUGUCCUCAAGGACACUUUUAGAAUCGGUAUGCUCCUUGAGCAGGAAGAAUCUGCCAAGGACGGAACUUUGAUCGAGGAUGAUGCUGCCAAGAAGGAGCGCCAGGAGACCCUUGAACAUGUGAAAAAAGAUGUACAAGAGCGUUCCUUGAGGACCUACAAAAGGAUCCUCACAAGCGCGCCCUACCUCCGCACCCUUGUUAAGGGAAACACAAAGAAGCAUCGAAAGGAGCUGGGACAUAUAUUAUCGGAGGUGCGCAAACUAACUCUGCAGAAUUGGCGCUAUGCGGCCCUAGACGCUGUAAACCACCCACUGACACCUGCGAUUUACUCUGACAACCAGAGGUCACGUGCUAUGAUGGGCGUGAAUCAUCCCCAACUCGCCGGCAUGCUCUGUCCGAUCAAACACCUUGUGGCCUAUUGCAAGAAUCCCAAGAAGAUUCAGGGAGAGUUGCAAAGUGGGCAUAUCAAGAUGCAUGCAGCUGCAUGGCCUGCAUUUGCAUAUGAGGGCGACUCACCUGGAGAGAAUUUCAAUCCGCUUGAUAUGCAGAAUGGCCUUUUCAAAGGCUAUCUUAUGAAACGGGUCUUUCGGCACAUAUUCAAGGGCCCUUCCUCCGCUCUGGCCAAUGAUGGAGAGGUUGUUACAACUCGCUCUGGUAACGCGAAGCUUCACAACAUGCUGAAGGUGGAUGCUGAACAUGUGGCCUAUACAUUCGUCCAGUGCCGUUUCAGUAUUUCAUCGCGUGACAAAUGGCAAGCUAUGGACGGUAAAUACGACUAUCACGAGGCCUACUACCGAAUCAUCCGAGCCAUCCAAGAGCCAUUCGAUCAGACAUGGGCGGAUUCAUUACUUGAGUGGUGGAAUAUGUCUGUGUUUGGCGACAAGGCGGGUAUACCGGUCUUUGACGUUAGCGAUGAUGACAACGAGGAAGAAGAUGAUUUGAUCAGCAUGCGAAAACAGUUUGCAAGUCGCGAAGCGCGACUUAAGUCCGUAUCUUCAGAUGCGCAAGGUAGUACCCUACCUUCCGAUCCUGGCUCUGAUACAUCUGUGAUCAAUAUGGCUUCGACUCCUGCCACUACGCCGCCUCCCUUUGAAGAACCUGCACCUGUUCCAGCAAAAGCCAUCCCCAAGCCAUGUCCUAUCAUACCAACUUCUCAGCAGCAGGUGGUGACUCCGAAUGUGGAUGCUGGAGCUCCGCCUCGCACCAACCCUUUGGCACCCAUCCCAUCGGGUUCAGGCACUAGCGAUGCACUGUCUCACACCCUCCCUUUGGCUCCCGUCCCAUCUGGCUCAGGCACUGGCACCCGAACGUCUAAGAAGCGUGGCAGGACUAAUGUGAUGGAGUCCAAUGAUGAGAGCUCACUGACAGAAAAUGAUUCAGAUGUCCCUGCCCCGUCGAAGCGCACCAAGAAGGGCAAGGGCAAGGCUACCACCACCACCACCACCACCAGCAAGAGGAAACGCAAGGGCCGGAAAUAG